ACCAGCAGGUUUACGAGAACCCGCAGAAACAAUACUCGUAAUGCGGAAGUAGGAAGUAAAUGUACAAAACAAUUACACCUUUAGGACUACGAUGACAACUGGACCUUUGUGUACUUCGUGUCCGUUCACUUUUGGUUUUAAUGCCAUAAAUUAUUAUUGACGUGGGGCGACUAAAACGCUUAAAGUGGUAACUGUACUUUCUGGGCACUAACAGUUUCACCUGUAAUAAGUCCUGAAUUUGUGCUUUAAGCCAACAAAUGCAUUGUUCUUAAAAUGUAAGGCUACUGUAAGAGACCGGUGCAUUUUCGAGACUUUGCGGUCCGUAGGAGAAUACGCACCUGCUUCAGACACAGUUUAAUGUGAUUUACUACUUGACGGACCGACACUAAUACCUGGCAUGGAUAUCCUCCUGGCUGCGAUUGAGAUACUGACGGACCCAUCUGGACAUCAAGAGCACUUGAUUAAGACGAAUGAAGAGAAGCCUGAUCCAAGCCCACCAUCUUGUGAUCACCCCAGUGUUUUCGGCAUUUGUGUGGAUUUAAAAAAAGAUGAUGGUGUUAAGGAUGAGGAAGCCUCUGACAUGUGUCCAGCCAACCAAGAUUCAACCAAACAAGAAACUGGUAAACGGAAAAGGAGUUGCUCAAGAAAAAGCACAAAUACAGGAGUCCGCUCUAACAAAUCAAAUCACCAUUGCUUUAAAUGCGGACAAAGCUUCAAAACGUCAGUUCACUUUAAAAGACAUAAACUAGUUCAUUCAGGAGAGAGGCCUCAUGGUUGUCCUGAAUGCGGCAAGAGGUUCAUUACGUCCUCUGAACUAAAAGUACACCUGCGUGUUCACUCAGGAGAAAAACCCUACCACUGCUCUGAAUGUGGAAAGAGCUUUGCUCGGUCAGGGUCAUUUUCUAAUCACCGCAGGCUUCAUAGAAAUGAAAAACGCCAUCACUGCCCUGAGUGUAACAAGGGUUUCCAGCAACGUAUAGAUCUACGAAUUCACCAAAGGAUUCAUACGGGGGAGAAGCCAUACCUGUGCUCACAAUGCUUGAAGGCGUUUACUACAUCCGGAGCGUUACGAGUUCAUCUACGAACCCACACUGGUGAAAAACCUUACGAGUGCAAAGACUGCGGGAAGAUGUUCUGCCAGCUAGGCGGACUUAAAGUUCACAGACGUGUUCAUUCAGGAGAGAGGCCUUACGUGUGCUCGGUGUGCGAGAAGCACUUCAAGGGACAUGCCAAUUUGAUCACACACAAGCGCAUUCACACAGGAGAAAAGCCUUAUCGAUGCACCGUAUGCAACAAGACGUUCACCGACAGAAGGAGACUAAAAGAGCACCAGCCACCUCAGUCAGUAGAGAAACCGUUUCGCUGCGGCUUGUGUAGUGAAGCUUUCGGCGCUUUCUGUCAACUUAAAGAACACCAGCAGUGUCACAAAGGAGAGAAGCACCAUCGCUGUACUGAGUGCGGAAAGGCCUUCACGCAUUUAUAUUUACUGAGGAGUCACCAGCACGCACACUCGGAUGAGAGGCCAUAUUCCUGCACUGAAUGUGGAAAGUGCUUCCGCCGGUCAUUUGACCUGAAAAUGCACCUGAACACUCACAGUGAAGCACGACCUCAUCUUUGCUCUGAGUGUGGAAAGAGCUUCCGCAGGGCUGCAGAGCUUAGGAUACAUCUGAGAGUACAUACGGGAGAAAAGCCUUAUCCCUGCUCCGUCUGCGGCAUGGGUUUCAAACAGACAUCACAACUCAAAGUGCAUGAGCGCACUCACACAGGAGAAAGGCCAUUCCCCUGCCCGGAUUGUGGGAAGACCUUCAAAGACAAGAGAAGCCUGCUAACACACCAGAGAGUGCACCAUAAAUAAAUAAAUUAUUCUGUUAUUAUAAUAUAUAUUUGGAAUAUACAGUAUAUUAUUGAGUGUUGAAAUCACUUUGGUCACAGCAAGGAAAUUUUAACAUGCUGAUCACAUUACAGUAUGCUCUACGCUACUCUGUAGGUUGUAAGACUCUAUUGGGUAAAUGCAAAUUACUGAAGAUUUUAUUCUUGCUUGUGUCUUAAACUGUCCACUCAAAGAUGUUUUUGGGAGUAUGUUCAGGAAUAUCAUAUAUCUUAUUCAUUAUUUAUACAUCUAGGGGUAUUCAGCAAGAAAUGAGCUGUCUGACCUUUCUUUGAAGAGAAAUUGCUUAUGGAUUUUCA